UGUUGUUAGUGUUGACUCAGACAACUGCGCAUGCGCAUUUAAAUGGCUUGUCAAAGUGCUAACAGAGGAUGGAUGCUCUAGUAGUGAUGAUACAUUUGAAGACUUGAUAAACAGCUAAUUGUCUUCAGAUUUAAACCCGAAAUGGGGAAAGGCUGUAAAGUUGUGGUGUGUGGCCAGGCAGCAGUUGGAAAAACAGCCAUUCUCGAGCAGUUGCUGUACGGGAAUCACAUCGUAGGUUCAGAAUCUAAUGAGACUCAGGAGGAUGUCUAUGUGGCCUCAGUGGAAACUGAUCGCGGUGUGAAGGAGCAGCUCAGGCUCUAUGACACCAAAGGCCUCCAUGAUGGGCAAGACCUCCCCAAACAUUACUACUCUGUGGCAGAUGGCUUCGUGCUCGUCUACAGUGUUGACAGUUUGGAGUCUUUUAAGAAGGUGGACAUCCUGAAGAAGGAAAUAGACAAGUCCAGAGAUAAAAAAGAGGUGACUGUCAUCGUGCUAGGGAAUAAGACGGACCUUCGGGAGCGUCGUCAGGUGGACCAGGAGGUGGCGCAGCAGUGGGCGCGGGGGGAGAAGGUGAAGCUGUGGGAGGUGAGCGUCUCAGAGCGAAACUCGCUCAUCGAGCCGUUCACGCAGCUGACCAGCCGCCUCACCCAGCCUCAGAGCAAGUCUGCCUUCCCUCUGCCCGGACGCAAAAGCAAAGGCACCGCGUCCAGCGACAUGUGACUGUGAACACGCCCCUCAGCUCCUCAUAGCUGACUGGCUGCAUCCACUUCAUGUGGAAAUGACAGUAAGCCUGCGCUGUUGGACAGGGCUGCAAAAAAGUGAGUUUAGAACUUCAGGGUCCUUUGUCUCAAAGCUGAUGAGUUUUCAUGGUGGGGUUUUGGUUCGAUGCCUUAAAUAAGGUCUGUGCUGAGAUUAAGAGGUUCACAAGUUUUGUUCUACGACAUAAAAUACAUGAAUGAAUACAGUGGAAACUGCUUACAGUGAUUAAUGAUUUAUACAGAUCAAAAAGCCUGGGACAGAAUCAUUCCUGUACACAUGCUGUUAAAUAAUUAACUUCUAAUAAUCAAAGCCUGCCCGUCUUCGUCCACCACAUCUGUCACCAAAAUAUGUGUAAAACCAAACAUAAACAAAUGUCAGUAUUGCCUGGUCAUAAUAAUCCUGUGCUGACAGUGAUCGAUUUGACAGGACAGACAUCACUGUGAGUAGUUUCCACUGGAGCCCACUCAUGAACUUUAAAGGUUCUACAUGUCUUAAAAGAAGGUACUUAACAGAUGUCUGAAUGAGACUCCACAGGCUGUCGUCGUGCGCAACAUGAAAACUCAUUUAUUCACUAGUUCACCUUUAAAAGCCUCUUUGUGUUGAUCCAAACUGUUUUCAUUUAUAAAACCAGAGGCCUGAGUCACGGCAGGUUCAGCAGAUACAGGAUCCAUAUGUGUGAUUCUCAUGAUACAUAGAGCUGGUUCCCACUGUGUUCUGUUGACAGUUCUUAUAUGAUCCUAGUCAUAAAAGGGGACGAUUCCAGUCAGACACCCGGACAAGUCUAUAACUGCAGAUUUCUCACAACGAGAACUAACUAAUAUCGUAAAUGAAUGUGAGGAUUAUAAAAUAUAACACAGACUACAGGAAACACAGCUGUUGAAGCCAAAGCCAGGACAGAAAGAUGAGAAACAGCCCAGUGUGUGACAGUGUGGGUUAUAAUAAUUAUACCAGUCCCAUUAUUCAGGUCCAGGUGGAUCUGCCUGGACUGACCUGGACUCAUUCAGAUUCAUUAUUUUAUUUAUCUGUAUUUUGGUGUUUAAGACAGUUUUUGCCUUUGUUCGGUAAACAGUCUGGCGGCAAGUAAAGAACGAAUAUAAAAACAUAACUCAAACCAAUGUUUACUGCUUUAAUUAGACUCUGCUUUAAGGUUAGACGUCAUAUAUAAAGAAAAACCAAAAGCUUCAUUAUCAGAGACCGUCUGACUAUCCACAGUGCACCGAUUGCACCUUUAUUAUGUUUCUACUCUCCAUCAUGAACUAUUUCAAUAAUGUGCUCCGGAGCGGUGUCAGUUACCACGGUGAAUGACCCUAUACGAACCAAACCACCUUUGUGACACUGACAGUUGAACCAGAAACCUGCCCCACUGACCCCCUGACCCCUGACUCUUUAAUCCUGCUUGGUGAUCCAGGCCUCUGGUCACAGUAAGACACCAGGUUUUUGUAGAAGAGUAAGAACCCGAAAAACUAAUCAGAAGCUUAGUAGAGUCAUGUCAACAUUCACUUCUCGCCUAAUGUUAGUAUUUACUUUAGUAAAAAUCUAUUCAUGCUUUAUGUUGCUGAACAAACUGUGCUUCCUAACUUUUGUUUGCCAUGGAACUUAUUUUUCUAGGUCGAGGGAACCAGGUCAGUCCCAUCUGCAGCUCUAUGUACAGAUACUAUUGGCUGCUCCAUGUUAGCGUUCACACCCUUUCUUUGUUUUUGUGUUGUUGUUAGAAACAGUGAUAUUUUGGGAUAUCUGCUGUUUUGGAAUGAAAGUAUGAGCGUCAGAUGAAUCGUCAGUUUGUGUAUUUGGAACCGAGACAGACUCGGCCCCUUUUGCAGUGCACUGUGGGAAAAAGAUGUGCAUUAGUCAGUUGAUCCCGUUUGACUCAUCCACGUUGGCUUAAAAGGUCAUUUUGCAAGUUAAAAACAUUAUUUUGUCAUAAAACUGUUAAAUUGUCAGACUUUGAAAAAUGCAUAAUGAUAAAGACAACAUAAGAGUCAGUUUAUUCAAACCUUCAGAAUCAGACUGAAAGAGUUCUUUCAUCAUUAACCACCGUUCAUGUUUUUACCAAACCUAAUUCCCAUGGGGCACAGCAGAAGAGGUGGGAUUUAUCCUGUCUAUUAUUUACAUGUUUGGUGAAGUUUGUGUUUUUUUAAUUGUUGUUUAGGCCUCUGUUUACCAUUGCAUUUAAGCCUUAUGCUAAGCUAGGCUAACUAUGCUACCUGAUCAGAACCAGAAACCAGGUUUGUUUUAUACGUGCAAGAAAUCCUACCUUUAAUAAUGUAAUUAUUAAAUAAAUGAAAUGAAAAUUAAUGUUACCCAUUGUAUUGGCAGUUAUGAAAUAAUAGAAAAGUCAGUGUUUUAAUUAAAUAUACUUAAUUUUCAGCAGUGAAAUCAGUUGAUGUUAGUAUUGUGAGUUAACAGCAGUUCAGUCAAACUGAGGGGAAAUUGCUAAAAAUGUAUUUUAAAGCCUAUGAAUGCAUGAGGUUUUGACAGAUUUGUAGCUUUUGCAGCCCCAGUUUAAGACAAAAUAUUUACCCUAAAUCUUUAUUAAGGCUGUAUUAAACAGGCUUUACAAAAGGUGUUUAUUCAUUUGACAAUAAUCUGCAUCUGAUAUUUCAUCACAUGUAAAAACAAACAUUAGUGAAAUGUAAGAAGUAGAAUUUUCUUACAUGUGUAAAAUAAAUCAGGUUUGCAGAUUGGACAGUGACCUUUACAUAAAAUGCUGUUUCUAACCAUUUACCAAACUCCAGAAAUCAUAUGAUAAAAAACACACCUUUAAGAGCUUUUAUCUACAGGUCUGAGGCACCUGUACGGAUCUGCUCUGCUCGUGUUAACUGUUGUUUUAUUCGACAUCUGCAGCUGCUCUAAUAGUAUUUGACCUUUACUGGUGAUGUUAUUUCCCCUCUGACGUGAACGUUAAUGUUUGUCCUCUGUCAGGACUCCUUCAGCCUUCGUCCAGUCCGUGUCAUAUAUCAAAACACGUUCUGGCUGCAAUAAUGUUCAUGGUACGGCGUGGACUUGUGAUGUAUGAUUUCAUAGCGUUAGUUGCACUUCUGUGGGUCGUUCAGUCCGUCCAGUCGGAGCGGCUGCGACUGCAAGUGUUAGCCUUUCUAACCGUAGAAAUGUCAGUGUUGAGAGGAAAUAUUUAUUUUUUAAACUUAAUUUAUUUUUGUCACUUUAAUGAGCCACAUUCCUCGACUUCUGAGUGAGAAAAUUAAAGAUGUUCAGGAUGAUCUGAGCCGUUUUCUGUCUUGUUAAUAAUGUAAUGUGCUGCUAGUAGACCAGGGUUAGCCACUGGAGACUGUAAUUAUGCUACCACUAAAUUAUACUCUGUUUUAAGAUGCACUGAAUAAAAUGUAGCCUCUUCAUAUUUAA